UGCCUGCCCCGUGCUAGCUCCGCCUCUUUAAAACCCUCGCUCUCCCCCACUUCUUUAUCACUUCCAUCUAUCCCAACUCCCUAUAGCUCCAUCCCCAUCCCCAGUUCCAGCUCCACACACUGACAUACACGCGGUGGUCGAUUGUAGAGAAGAGAGACUAGAAGAUACAAGGGGAGAUCAAUGAUGGAGAGGGCCGAGGACUUAGGGCUCAGCCUCAGCCUCAGCUCGUCGCUUGCCGCCCCUCGCACUCAUGUCGCCGCCAUGCUGCUCCGAUCUCCAGAGAAGAGGUUCCUGGAGAUGCCGCUGCUCCCGGCAAAGCGGAGCGAGGUCACGCCGGAGGAGGGCCUGCGGGGCGGCAGCGACGAGGAGGACGGCGGCUGCGGCCUCGACGGCUCCAGGAAGAAGCUCCGGCUGUCCAAGGACCAAUCGGCCGUGCUCGAGGACAGCUUCCGGGAGCACCCCACUCUCAACCCUCGGCAGAAGGCAGCCUUGGCGCAGCAGCUCGGCCUGCGGCCCCGGCAGGUGGAGGUGUGGUUCCAGAACAGGCGCGCCAGGACGAAGCUGAAGCAGACGGAGGUGGACUGCGAGUUCCUGAAGCGCUGCUGCGAGACGCUGACCCAGGAGAACCGGCGGUUGCACAAGGAGGUGCAGGAGCUCCGCGCGCUCAAGCUCGUCUCGCCGCACCUCUACAUGCACAUGUCCCCGCCCACCACCCUCACCAUGUGCCCCUCCUGCGAGCGCGUCUCCUCCAGCGCCAACUCCGCCGCCGCGUCGUCAGACCGCCGCUCUGCCGGCGGCGCCGUCAUCAGCACGGCCCCCGCCGCCGAGGGCGCCGCCGUCUGCCACCGCCCGAUCGCCGUCCGGCCGCAGCAGUCAUGACGACGGCCGAUCGACGAAAACGAUCGGCCGUGGCGUCGAGCCACCGCCACCACCAGUAGCUUCUACUAGGCAGCAUACUUCUACACUAGCUAGAGCUAGCUGUGCACCGUAGGUGUGUAAGCCGACAAAGCAGUCUGCGCAUUUAUUCGAUCGUGCCAACUGUUUCCUCGCU